GGAAUAUACACCUCCUGGAUAAGCAAGAACAUCUGUGUAAUUACUCCUCCUCUCUAGAGUGAAAACUUCUUUAAGUUAAUAAACAUAUCCAUAGAGAAUACUGAAAACUCAGUGGAUUCAAAAUCUAUUAAAAAUUUGGAAACAAAGAUCAUCCAUGGAAGCAAAUCAAUGGACUCUGGAAUAUCCUUGGACAAUAGUUAUAAAAUGGAUUAUCCUUAAUGGGUUUAUGUAUCAUAAUUAAUAAUAAGAACUUUCACGAAAGUACUGGAAUGCCACCUCGGUCAGGCACAGAUGUAGAUGCAGCAAACCUCAGGGAAACAUUCAUGAACUUGAAAUAUGAAGUCAGGAAUAAAAAUGAUCUUACAUGUGAAGAAAUUGUGGCAUUCAUGCACAAUGUUUCUAAAGAAGAUCAUAGCAAAAGGAGCAGUUUUGUCUGCGUGAUUCUGAGCCAUGGUGAAGAAGGAAUAAUUUUUGGGACAAACGGACCUGUUGACCUGAAAAAAAUGACAAGUUUCUUCAGAGGGGAUUAUUGUAGAAGUCUAACUGGAAAACUCAAACUUUUCAUUAUUCAGGCCUGCCAAGGUACAGAACUGGACUGUGGCAUUGAGACGGACAGUGGUGCUGAGGACGACACGGCAUGUCAGAAAAUACCCGUGGAGGCUGACUUCCUGUAUGCGUACUCCACAGCGCCUGGUUACUAUUCCUGGCGAAACUCAAAGGAUGGCUCCUGGUUCAUCCAGUCGCUUUGCGCCAUGCUGAAACUGUACGCUCACAAGCUCAAGUUUAUGCACAUUCUCACCGGGGUGAACCGAAAGAUGGCAACAGAAUUUGAAUCCUUUUCCUUUGACUCUACUUUUCAUGCAAAGAAACAGAUUCCAUAA